CAUCCGCAGCAGCAUCGCCAUAAACAUCAUGUCAUCAUUGCCCAAUAACAUCGAUUAUGACUACCUAAUGAAAUUCCUGGCCCUGGGUGAUUCGGGUGUUGGAAAGACGAGCUUUUUGUAUCAAUACACAGAUGGACGAUUUCAUUCACAAUUUAUAUCAACAGUUGGCAUAGAUUUCCGAGAGAAGAGAUUGAUCUAUACAUCGCGUGGUCGUAAUCAUCGAAUACAUCUACAGUUAUGGGACACCGCAGGCCAGGAAAGAUUUCGUUCCCUCACCACAGCCUUCUAUCGCGAUGCAAUGGGUUUCCUGUUGAUUUUCGAUUUAACAAGUGAAAAAUCAUUUUUGGAAAUAUCUAAUUGGCUUGAACAACUGCGACAACAUGCCUACUCUGAAGAUCCGGAUGUUGUGCUCUGCGGCAAUAAAUGUGAUUUACACGAUUUUCGUGUAAUUUCUCAUGAGCAAGCCUCAGCAUUGGCAGAACGUUAUAAAUUACCAUAUAUAGAGACGAGUGCAUGUACCGGUUAUAAUGUUAGUAAUGCUGUAGAUCUCCUCGUCGGCCGAGUAAUGGAACGUAUGGAAAAUGCUGUAGCGAAUGCCGAGUUGGCACGAUUAAUGUCAAAUACAAGAUUAAAUGCGAUUAAUCCUCAAACAUUGAGACUGGCCUUGCAAAAGGGCGAGGAACCAUCGGCGACGGGAGAUGGUGUUAAACAAAGUUGUAGUUGUUGA